UGCUGCAGUGUGGGGCUGUGUUUAGUGACAGCAGCAGCUGCAGUCAAUGGCUGUGUGUCUCUCUCUCAGCUGUCACCCCAUGUCGGGCGAGUGUUUGUGCGGCCCGGGCUGGUCGGGCUUGUACUGUAACGAGACGUGUGCUCCUGGUUUAUAUGGCGAGGCAUGUCAGCAGAUCUGCCGCUGUCAGAACGGAGCCGACUGCCACAGCGUGAGCGGGGAGUGUGUCUGCGCGCCCGGAUUCAAGGGCUCAGAUUGCUCCGCUCCCUGUCCUUCUGGCAGCUACGGCAUCAACUGCAGCUCAGUGUGCUCCUGUAAGAACGCAGCCGCUUGCUCACCCAUCGACGGAUCCUGCUCCUGUCAAGCAGGGUGGUACGGGGUGGACUGCUCCAUUAACUGCCCCAGCGGCUGGUGGGGUCUGGGCUGUAACCUGACGUGUGUGUGUGGGAACGGAGGCGCCUGCAGUGCUCUGGACGGGAGGUGCUCCUGUACCCCAGGCUGGAGAGGAGACCGCUGCGAUCAACACUGUCAGGAUGGGACGUAUGGACUGGACUGUCGCGAGCGCUGUGACUGCAGUCAUGCAGACGGAUGUCACCCCUCCACCGGACACUGCCGCUGUCUAGCCGGAUGGACAGGCAUUCACUGUGACAGUGUGUGCGCUGAGGGCCGCUGGGGGCCCAACUGCUCUCUGUCCUGUAACUGUAAGAAUGGAGCGUCGUGUUCGCCGGACGAGGGUGCGUGCGAGUGUGCGCCUGGAUUCAGAGGAACCACCUGCCAGCGCAUCUGUUCUCCGGGUUUCUUUGGCCACCGUUGUAGCCAGGCCUGUCCGCACUGCGUCCACAGCAAUGGCCCCUGUCACCACGUGACUGGCCAGUGUGACUGUCUGCCCGGGUUCAAAGGGGCGCUCUGCAACGAAGUGUGUCCCAGUGGCAGGUUCGGUAAGAACUGCGCGUGGAGCUGCACCUGCACUAAUAACGGCACAUGUAACCCCAUCGACGGCUCGUGUCAGUGUUACCCCGGCUGGAUCGGCAGUGACUGCUCACAGCCGUGUCCCCCGGGUCAGUGGGGUCCCAACUGCAUCCACACCUGUAACUGUCACAACGGGGCGUUCUGCAGCGCGUAUGACGGCGAGUGUAAGUGUACAGCCGGCUGGACGGGGCUGUACUGCACACAGCGCUGUCCGCUGGGCUUCUACGGCAAGGACUGUGUUCAGGCGUGUCAGUGUGAGAACGGCGCAGACUGCGAUCACAUCUCCGGUCAGUGCACCUGCCGCACUGGCUUCAUGGGACGCCACUGUGAACAGAAAUGUCCUGCAGGUACGUACGGAUACGGCUGUCGGCAGGUGUGCGCAUGUCUCAAUAACUCCACCUGUGAUCACAUGACUGGCACCUGCUACUGUAACCCCGGCUGGAAAGGCACACGCUGUAACCAGGCCGGCGUGAUCAUCGUAGGGAAUCUCAACAGCUUGACGAGUGCCGCUGUGCCUGUGGACUCGUAUCAGAUCAGUGCGAUCGCAGGAAUCAUCGUUCUGGUGCUCCUCGUGCUCAUCCUCCUUUAA